CGGGGCAGGGAAGCUGGUCGGCCAGGUAUCAUGUCUUCCUCGCCUAGCCAAGGGGCCGCGGAUUUGCUGCACAAGUUGUACCUGGAUCCCAAGGUCGUCGUGGCCGGCCAGGGCAAAGAGGCUCUGAAGAAGGUCUCGGCAGCACCCAAUGACAGACUGAAUGGCGUGGUGACAUCUUCAAACCCUCAGGUGGUGUCUGCAGGGCAGUGGGCAACCAUGGGGCAGCAGGAUUACAAGAAAGCCAGCAUGUAUGCUGGAGCUGAAGCCUACCAGUGGAGUACAGUAUAGAAAUUAGAAGGAUGGUUCUAUCCAGCCAUUGUGGGUAUACAAGAAUAGUGGGAUUGUAUUACUGGAAGUAUUAUAUACCCGUGUAUUGACAAGCUUGCUCUCAAGUAUGUUCUUCUCAGCCGAUUCUUUAGAAUGACUCCUAAGAAUUGAUAAUUUCCAUGUAAUCGUCAGCCGUUACUUAAACAUGUAUUUUUUCUGUGUUUUGUGCUCUUCUUUAUUGUUUAAAUUUAAUGAUUCAUCUGAUGCUCAAAUAUUGUGUAUGCUAUAUAUGGUUAGGGGCUGAGAUUUGGAAAGGAUCAGAAGAACACAUUAAGACUCUCCAAAUGACUAAUUAUUAAUAAGUUUGUACUUAUCAUGAUUAUGAAUUUGAAAUUAUGUAUUGGCAAUAUGCACACAUAUCGAGCCCUGUAGCAUAGCUCUAUCAUCUUUGUUUACAAGUUUAAGCAUGGUAAGAUGGAGUUCAUCAUGUCUGCUCCAGAAAGUACCACAUGUAGCAUUAGCAUGCAUUCAUCACUUUCUUCUCCUGAUAUAAGAACUACUUACGAGUUCAAAUUUUAUUAAUUAUAUCGUGACGCAGAAGAAUAUAUGUUAUCAGGGAUUCACAUUUGACUUGAUAUACAAGUUCCAUAAGUUGAGAUUUUCUUAACAUAUUCUUAAUUUUUAGCUAGGUCAAAUUCCCAUGUUUACUUUUGCAUGUUAUUGUCCUAUUCAGAUUGCUAAAGAACUUCUCUACAUGUUUUUAUUGCUACAAAAUUUGCCUAAUUAGAUAGAAAAUAAUUACUAUAUUGCAUAAGCCACAUCUUUACUUUGGCAUAUAUCAUUUGUCUUUAAUCUAACUGAUUUUCAUAAUGUGUAUAGAUAUUGCAAUAUGGUCUAUGCUUAAUACAUUUUGCAUAUCUUUCAGGGAUGUUAUAGCCAGAUAAUGAAACGUUUUUAGUUCAUUGGAGGUUUCAAUCAUGUAUUAUUUGUUGUCUUUUCCCUCCUUUAAGAGAGAAAGAUCUUUAGCUCAACCAUAUGGCUGCAUUCUUGAGAUACAUAGCUUAUAAUUUAUGAUGCUACAAUUUCAGAAAAAUGUAGUGCAUAUCUUCACUAUUUACACUAUUAUAUAGCUUAUGAUUUUGCAGUUUUUCUCUGCCACGCGAAGAUCGAAAUAUAAACCUUAAACCAUAAAUAUUCGCACACAAUUGUUGAAAGUCUGAUAGCAAUUCCUUUUGGGAUUUGCACCCUGGGGGGAUUUUGCAGAUUUUCUUGCGUUUUGAUCUUGGUACUUAAGAUGGUAAAAAUUUGUAGUUAAAUCAUAAAUAUUCGCACAAAAUUGGUGAUAGUCUGAUAGUGAUUCCUUUUGGGAUUUGCUGGCUGGGGGAAUUAUUCAGUGUAUGUGGGCCUUGACAUAGCAGAGUCACUUAACCCUGUGAGUAUUACUAGCGGAUAGUGCGCGGCGGCACGCCGCGCCACAUGAAUUGAUAAGCUAUUAAGUUUCUUUGUAAUGCUCGGUAACUCGUACCAAGAUUUGACUCGUUGCAAAGUAGUUCAUACAAGAAAAAGGUACAUCUAGUUGGUACAUGUGUAAGUGAUUUAAAUCAUGUAGUGGUAGUCGUACUGGAUGCAGAAUUACCAUGGUAAAUUAUGAAGAACUUGGAUGGAUAUCUUAUAGUGGAGUUAAGCUAGGAUAGACGAUAAGGCAUCUUGAAAAGCGAGAUUUUAUUACAUAAAACAAGAGAUACAUUUCAUACAAUGGUAACUACAUUUCAAUAGUAAGGACCAAAUUUGCUGAUUUGGUGACCUUUGAUGAUUCAGAUCAUCCACAUGCCAGAUUAGUGCUGCAAAGAGCUUGUGCAAACUCAUGUAAUGACUAAUAAAAAUAAAAUGACAUUUUCAAAAUUAAAUUUAAAGUCAUACUAUAAUUCUCAAAUUAAAUAUCAAAUUUAAUUACCACAUCAUAAAACCUUUGGUUUAAUUUGAUGCAAAAAAAUGACAAUUUUAGUCCAUGGUAUUUUCGGCAAUUUAUAUAUAAAACAGUGCAAAAACAUAAAAUGUACCCUUUUUGCUCAAAGAAAUUAAAAUGUACUGGAAGACAGAAAAUGCCAGAAAUAUUUUAGUCCAAAAUAUCCACGGCAACUCAUUAGAGAGCCCAGUGCAGUAGCUAAAACCAGAAAAAUAAAUCAUUUAUACUGGGCUGAGAUAACUUGGGCCAGAGCCCAUCCACAGAAAUGGCCCAUUAACGCCUGAAGGCCUGCUCAUUUUCUUAGGUUGCGCUCGUUCGAGGAUGAGAUUAGACGAACAACAUAUACUUAGAUUGACAACCUUUGCGUUAGUAGUUUCAAACUAUUAUCAUAUGAGCAUAUAUCUUGCAAACAGAAUGUUCAAUGAAAUGUUUAUCCAAUACUGGCACACACCUAUGUACAUGUGCAUAUAGAGCUGAAGAGGCAACCAUCUGAUCUUAAUACAAUACUCCCUCCGUUCCUAAAUAAUUGUCUUUCUAGAGAUUUCAACAAAUGACUACAUAUGGAGCAAAACGAGUGAAUCUACACUCUAAAACAUGUCUACAUACAUCUGUAUGUUGUAGUCCAUUUGAGAUGGCUAGAAAGACAAUUAUUUGGGAACGGAGGGAGUAACUCAGAAUACCCGCUAGCCAAGCAAUUUCAUCAGCCAGGUGCUUGCUCUAUCUGCAUCGACAUAUACUGAAGCAGAAUGUCAAAAUGAUGACAUAAUGUGAAUCUUGUUUUAAGAAAAACAAACAAUGCAUGAGCAAUUGUCAUUUUCACCAUCUAUGGCAGAUCACAACUACAAAAUAAAACUUUAUUUAAUCCCCUUACGCUUCAUUACCUUAGAUCAUCCCCUCAAUAAUGUAAAUAUGUACUUAAUUAACACAAAUUAGAAUGAUCGAGCUUUACACAUCAGUUUAUUUUACACAUCUUUUUAUUUAGAAGCAAAGGGUGCAUAUACUCGCAGUUUAUUUUACACAUCUUUUUAUUUAGAAGCAAAGGGUGCAUAUACUCGCGCAUUCUAACUGGCAUAUUAGUUCUAUAUAUGAAUUUUAUAGAACUAAGUUUAUUGUUGUUUGA